GCGCGCGACGUCAGUUUAUCAGAUUUUACACGUUAUUAUUCUUCAUUAGUUUGAAGCCGCUCGAGACUGUCGGUCUGUUCAGAAUGAACACGUCAGUAGCGUGCAAGACAUCGUAUGUGGCACCUCCUUUGGGUCAGUACGCACCCGAGCCUGUGAACGUGACCAUCAGUCAGAAGGGAGCUGAUCGAACUCAGGUGGUCAGCUCUGAUUUUAACAUCAUGGAAAUGACAGAGGUUGAAUACACACACAUUCAGCACCUCAUUCACUCCCAUAUGGAAUCUCAGGAUGGCACUGAAGAGAUCAGUAUAAAUCCGCCGUCUUCUACAGACCGCGAUAUUGAAAGCAGUUGCAAGGUGUGUCCUUCUUCAGACAUGGCUUCUGCGUGUCAGGUGGACGCAUCUUCUUCAUCCUCGUUGCCCACAAACACUCAAUUUGUCUUGGGACCUAGCAACGACAGACGCGAGGACGGUCAGGAAGUUAAAAUGCUUCUUUACAGUGAUCCGAAUUGCAUAAGUAGUUUAGGACCGAGGACGCCAACCAGCAAUAGUGAGGUUCCCAGCUUUGUCCUGGCGAAGGUGAGAGGCGCUAUGGAGGAAGGGAGAGAGAGGACUGAUCGCAGAAGGGCCCCUCCUCUUGGUUCGAGACCCAAUCCAUCUUCACGGGUUUGCUUGGAGAAGAGGUUCGACUGUGAUUCGUGUGAUUUAACCAAGAAAGAAGAGUCACAGGCUGCAAUAAUGAAAACAUUUUUGUCAAUGCUUCACACCUCGACGGACAUCCCCGGGAUCGUGAUGCAUUCACAGCCAGAAAAGUGGCCCAAAGCAGAGAAGUCUGGUGCAGCAGAAUGCGCUCGUCCCUGCACAGGAUAUCAAGGGUCACACGGUCAAUUCUGUCAGCUGUUGGAGAGCAGCAACCUUCCUGAAGACAUUCCGUCUAAGAACCUCAGCGUCAGUAAGAGCUCUGACUCUGUGUCGAGAUCCCCAUGUGUUAUAUUCACUGAUACAACUAGCGAGGAGCAAAUCAUGAACAUUGAAAACGAGGUAGAACUCAAAGUUGUAAAUCGAGUCAGGACUCGUGGAGCCCGAAUUUUGCAAGCCCAGGACCCCAAUAUAAUGCAUGGAUCUGGGAAAUGGAGAUCAGGUUGCGAUAUGCCUGGCCGUAAACCGGCUCAAAGGACCCGAUGUCUGUCGGAUAUUAGUCAGCGAAAACAGAGACACAACCUCAAGGAGAGAGACCGCAGGAGGAGAAUUCGGCUGUGUUGCGAUGAACUGAACAUGUUGGUGCCGUUCUGCUACAGUGAGACUGACAAAGCCACGACUCUUCAGUGGACAACCGCCUAUCUUAAAUACAUCCAAGAGAUCUACGGAGACUCCCUAAAACAGAAUUUCGAAAACACUUUCUGUGGGGAAACCGGUGUUCGGAUCAAGCCGCGCUGCGCUGACGAUGUCUCCGGGUCCCAGAACUCAGAGAUCGGCACCAGGAGCCUGAAAUGACUUCUCUUCACAACAGCUCUAUAUUAUUCAUAUAGCCAACACUUGCAUUAAAACAAAUUUUCAAUUAUUCAUGGCUAUAAUCUUUUUUUCAUUAAGCUUUAAUUAAUUAGUUCUUACAUUUACAGUUAGGUAUUUAUUUAUUUAUUUAUGGAGCACACGCUCUGAUUUAUUGCUGUAAUUUAUUUUACGAUAGGAAGUUAUUUAUGUAAACCACAGUGUGUACACUGUUUAAAGGAAAAACAAAAAAAACAUGGUAAAGGAAAAAACCUUUGCUCUCCUAAUUUACACUUUACUCUAUUUUUCCCUGAUCAGACAUUUGUAUAUUUUUUUAUAUUUAUGUUGUCACAUAUAUGUUCAUAGAUAUGUUUCUGCUCAGCUAUGAAUUAGAUCAGGUUUUUCUGACAGUCAUUUUAAUUAAAUCUGACAUGGUUGUGUGUGUUUAUAGUAAACUUUUUUAAACUCCUGUGCAAAUACUAAACAGUAGAUGGCGCAGUUUUCCCACAAAACAGUUCUGCAGCACAAUUGAAGUUAGGCGAUUUGUAAUAUAGUUGAGACUUAAAAUAAUAUUUGUGUGUGUUAAGGCUUAUAAAUAAAGAUUCCUGUUUGUAGGAAUUAAACCAACAGCUUGUAUUUCAGUAUUUAUUAUUCCAAAUGAAAAUAAUCCUUCACUGUUAUGUAACUUCUUAACUUUGAAU